UGUAUAACUUUUGUUCUUACUUUUUUCGGUUUUUUCAGCAUGACACAUAAAUUAUUAGAUUAAGAAAUUGAAGUUUGUUAUGCAGGUACGAUAAUGAGGGCAGAUAUGAAGACGAUUUCGACGCCCGAAACAAAAACUUCUAGGAACGUCGUGAUGAUGAGCGGUGCUCAUCCUCAAAAUCGGAAGACGGGUCUGUAGAUGUGUAUCUCUAAAUACGUACCGAUGGAAGAAGAAGAAGCGUCGAUGCCCGGGGAUUCUUUCCCGAACGUAAAUUCGGUCAAAUACGAACUCCACAUAGAAUGUCCAAACGAAGACACAAGCGAACUGGAAGAGGCCUUAAAGAAGACCAAACAUGUAAAUUGGGAUAGAAUUCUUGGCAUACUAUUAUUCCCUCCACUUCAUGCCGUUGAAUGCAUUAAGGGAGUGGUCAAAGACAUAGGCAAGGAAAUAACGAAAAUAAAUCUGGUGAAUUUUUAUGUCUUGGAUCGACGCACACCGCUUUUUGAUGUUGAUCUACUACCAGGCUUCACAUUUCAACAGUUGUCUCAGAAACACAUCGAGAUCGCGGAUUCAACGUGGCCACUUCGGUAUCCUGGAUCAAUAUUUUAUUUCGAACUUCUCAUUCGGGCUAAUUCUGGUUACGGCUUAUUUAAAGACCAGGAAUUGGUCUCUUUCGGUUUUAUUAAAGAAACUGGAGCUUUAGGACAUUUGUAUACCCUAGAAAACCAAAGAAGAAAGGGCUAUGGAUAUAUGUUUUUGAAAAUGUUUUGCAAUGUUCUUUUAAAAGAAGGAAGACAUAUUAACUCUUAUUGUUUUAAUACGAACGCACCUGCUUGUAGGAUGCAUGAGGAGUUUGGGUUUAAAAAAUGCGGUGAGAUCGCUUUAGUGAAUAUACAAUAGAACUGAGUAGAUAAGUUCCGGGUUCCGUUCGUAUUUGUUUGCUCGUUCCCAGCUUGUAAAGACCGGUGACAUGCUCUCGGGCUGGUGUAGCCUUGGGGCUGGCGUUCCGCAGGGUGUGGUUUUAUCUCCUAUACUUUUUCCGUCUUUAUCGGUGGAAUUACAUCAUCACUCACGUCUUCUUACGAUGACCAAUGAUCAAUUCUAUACUGCAGCCCGUCUUGUGGUUGUAGUUACUGCUAUAGGCACAUUGAAUUCCACGGACAUAUAUCUAGAUAGACGCCGCAAGUGUACGCAUUUCGCGUGUCCAAAGUAAGUGAAAUUCACUUACUUGCCGCUGCUACACUCCAGAACGCGCUCGAUCAUUAUCGUGGAUAACCCGUCGAAAACGCGAAAAAAUGCAUAAUUGUGCCAUUUUAAACCGCAAAACCACCAUAACUGUGGGUAAACGAGUAAACAGGGACGGAGGGGUAAACGAGUUAAUACGCCAUGAAUAUCGAACGAAUGUACUUUUGUACACAAUGCAUUCAGUUUCGUGGUACGGCCGCUUGUAUACUUCUUUGGCCAAAUUUAACAUUCAGUGAUGUAUACGUUAGACAACACUGGGGCCCUACCAUGAACUCUUAUUACGGUACAAGUACAGUACUUUACUAAACUUGUACGGUUCGUAACGACAAAAAAGCGGGAUGGUGAUAUAUACAUAUACACUUCAUAUAGCGCUGUCUUACAACGACUCAUUUUAGGUCCUAAACUGAAUCGUAAUUAGAGUUCAUGGUACCCUGUUCUCGAUUCUGAUCGAUUUUGAAAACAAAGGGACGAAAAUUAUUAUGACCUUAGCAAUAUU